UACAACACCAGAAACACCGGCCGGGCGGGCGGGCGGCGGAAAAGGGGAAGACGACGACAGCCAGAGUGCAGACCCGGCUUUCAGUGGAGUGGAGUGCCGAGUGGGCUGUCGCGGUCGACGGCUUCUCGCGCGCGCGCGCGUGCCGGGGUUUUGUCUCGGCUCGGUAGGUACGUUUGCUCGAUGGUGGCGGCGCCGAGGUGAGCAGCGCGCCCGGCGGCAGCGGCGUUUCUUUGGCGGUGAAGAAUUUAGAGAAGCAGAUGGUUGCGGCGGCGGCGGCGUGCUCCACGCGCAGGUCGUUCAGGGACUCGCUCAAGGUGCUGCAGGCCGACAUCCAGCACGCCAACACCCUGGCGUCGGACUGCUCCAGGGACUACGACGGGGCCUGCCUGCAGAUGCGCAUGUCCUACAGCCCCGCCGCGCAGUUCCUCCUCUUCCUCGUGCAGUGGACCGACUGCAGCCUCGCCGGCGCGCUCGGACUCCUCAGGGUCCUCAUCUACAAGGUCUAUGUGGAUGGAACCACCACCAUGUCCACCCACGAGAGGAAGGCCAGCAUCAGGGAGUUCUACGCGGUGAUAUUCCCCUCCCUCAUGCAACUGCACGAUGGGAUCACCGACGACGACGACCGCAGGCAGAAGGCGGCCUGCUCCGAGCGGUACGGGAGGAGAGACGACGAUUCGGACAAGAGCAAGAGACCCGUCGACGCCGAGAUCGACGAGGAGUGCGGGAUCUGCAUGGAGCUCAACGGCAAGGUGGUGCUUCCCAACUGCAGCCACGCCAUGUGCAUCGAGUGCUACCGUCAAUGGCGCUCGAGAUCGCAAUCCUGCCCCUUCUGCCGUGACAGCCUCAAAAGAGUCAACUCCGGUGACCUGUGGAUGCUCACAGACCACCGUGAUGCGGUCGACAUGGCGACGGUGACCAGGGAAAACAUCAGACGUCUGUUCACCUACAUCGAGAAGUUGCCUCUCAUCACGCUGGAUAACAUCUUUGAUGCCUAUGAUUCUCAUAGGAUGUUCCUCGUCCUAGGAUGUGGCUGACCAUGGAGCAGCUUGUGAACUCUGACAAAGAGACCUUGUGAGCUCUGACCAAGGUGUCGUAGAGUUGUGCCCAGUUUUUGUAAAUGCUUGUACAGAUGUAUAAUUUGCAUGGAAAUGUCUAGGGAUAGUCGAAUCAAUAUGUUCUACAGCAUGCUUUGUACAUAUUUGUAAUUUGGGUGAGAAUUUUUAGUGUAUGCAACUUAUUUAUGUGGCUACUUUAGUGCUAAUGUGAUUUGUCAAUUCAACUGAA